AUGGACGACGAACAGCCAGCGGCGGUAUCGCAUCCGAACCCGAAUGCGACAUUUCAAGAUUCUAUAUCCGACGAGCAUCACACCGAGCCUGGCCUAACGUCACCACUGAGUUCAUCGCCUCCCGACCCAACAAUCCUUGACACGCCCAGCUUGAUUGCAACAACACCUAAAAGCCCCAAGCUAUCGAGACAUCCUUCCUUCUCUGGUAGCAGCUCUUAUCACGAUGACUGGGAUUCGCUCCCACCCCUGGAUCGCCUGACGGUCCUAGACCUCUUGGACAACUUCGCAUUGCCACAGCAGCUGGAAAAACUUCAGAAGGGUAUUUCUGCUCAGACUGACAAAGUACGCCGGUCCAGAGACGCGCUGAAAUCAAAAACUCAAACUGCACGUCAUCGAAUGGUCGAAGAAUGGAGGCGCCGGGUACCUUCUGCCGACGAACAGUUUGAUCGAUAUCGAAAGCGAAUGAGGCAGCGCGUCGACAAGCUUGGCAGGCAAUGGAACGACACGAAAGCCAUCAGCUUGCGCGAGAAGAUAUCCUUCAUUUGUGGAGUUAUGAACAUCUUCAUUAGUGGCUAUCUCAUCGGCGGCUAUCCAGAAUAUUUUCAUCUGUGGUACACUGUUCAGCUCGUGUAUUUCAUGCCCAUUCGCAUGUUUACAUACCACCGUCGUGGCUACCAUUAUUUCCUUGCCGAUCUUUGUUACUUUGUCAAUGUGCUUCUCAUGCUCAGUUUAUGGGCGUUCCCUUCCUCAAAGAGACUUUUUACCGCCGCUUUUUGCCUUGCAUUCGGCAACAACGCAGUCGCCAUCAUUAUGUGGCGAAACUCUCUCGUAUUCCACAGCUUCGACAAGGUUACGUCGCUAUUCAUCCACAUCAUGCCCUGUGCUACAUUGCACUGUCUGGUUCAUCUCUACCCAGAGGACAAGCUGCAAGGUCGCUUUCCAGCUAUCUGGGCAAUCAAAACAGCAAAGCCCGGCUCGGCGACUGCUUACGCUAACAUCGUAUCUAUGCUGGCGUGGAGCACCAUCCCAUACGCCCUCUGGCAACUCAGCUACUACUUCUUCAUUACAGUCCGCCGAAGAGAAAAGAUCGCCGCCGGUCGGCCGACAUCAUUUACUUGGCUUCGCCGUUCAUAUGCCAGGACUUGGAUCGGGAAAAUUGUUCUAUCGAUGCCCAGCACGUUACAGGAGCCCACCUUCAUGAUGAUUCAGUACGUGUAUGCUGUUCUCACUAUGUUACCGUGCCCUCUUUGGUUUAUUAGCCGCUAUGCAUCGACUCUCUUCCUCUUGGUAGUAUUUGCCUGGAGCAUAUAUAAUGGCUCUACGUAUUACAUCGAUGUCUUCGGCAAGCGGUUUCAAAAAGAGCUCGAGGCCAUGAAGACGGAAGUAGUCAAAUGGCAGACCUCACCAGAGCUCAUGCUCACAUCCCCCUUGAUGCAGCCCCAAACAGAAAGUGUGGUCAUUGAUCCCCAACCCAAGAAGGCUACCGGUACGCCUAGUUUUGAGCCCAGUGCUCAAACUGCGAGGGAUGCGAUGGCUAGAACAACAAGCCUCGACCGCAUCCCGCUUCUUGAUGAUUACACCACCGCAAAUUCAACUGGUUUUGAUGGUGGAGCGCGAGAUGUGGCUCGCGAGAGAAAGUCUACCGAGUGA